AUGCGUCUUUGGCAGUUGGCAACUACUCAAUCUGUCACAUUUUUUGCACCACCCGAGGACCAUCAAUCGAUCCUUGAUUUCCAUACCAGAGGAGAAGGCCGGCAUAUAACCUCCCAUGAUGUAGUGUGCUGGCUCCUGGAACAGACUUGUCAGGGUCUGGAAAAUCUCCAACCACUCUAUUAUGCCCAAGGCGUAAACUACUGCCACCGAACACAGGCAGAGCGUGACCAUUCUUUAUUCCUGCUAGAUGAAGCUGAGCGUAUUGCUUAUUUGGAUGCUCUCCAGAGUCACGCACAGCUCUCCUUGAAAGCUUUGUUUGAGUCAGGUUUAGAGAAAGCCAAAAAACGUGUUCGGGAUGCUUUUCAGGACACAGAAAAUGCGGUUCACGCCUCAGCGUUGCAGGAUGUUGAGCAGGAGCGCGAAGUCGCCGUCGAAGUAGAAACGAUCCACAAAAGACAGAAUCCAUUAUAUUUCCAUCCUCAGACGUUUUCCGGACUCGCCACGGAGAUCAGGGACUUUGCCCUGACCGGAGCUCUAAGGCCUGACGACAUGACUUGCAAAAGGGCAUUCUCAUACAUGGCCCCGACGGAGACAGGCCGAAAGUAUCCUGCAGACCUCCCGGAGACCCCUAAUCUGCUUGUUUCAGGAGAAUUCCGGCGUGCGGUAAUAGUGCCAUUUGGGAGACCUAAUGACACAUUCUUGCUAAGUAUGAUCCUUCAAAUUCUGGUCAGCCCCAAGGAAGCAGAACUCUUGGUUUACCUAUGUCAAGGCUCCCGAAAGAAGGUGGUCUAUCUGCUGACUUAUGCCGCACCUAUCACGCAGAAGAUGCUCCAAUUCAACGACUUGAAUUAUUACGCCAUGUCACCCGCUCCCAUCGGGUCGUCUGCACAGUCCUAG